AUGGCGACAGCGGCUGCGAUCCCACCCCCAGGGCCCCCAAGCCCGACACUGAAAACGUCUGCGACUUGGAGCGCAGCGGCCAAACCACCUUCGGCGAACAAGCCCCCGCCGCCAUCUCGAUCACAUACUUCGCAGACCAUAGCGCGGCGCGGCGUGAGGUCGGCAGAUUAUCUCUCGGACAAGGCCACCGCCGCCUUCAUUCGCCGUACACUUUGCGCGAAACAUCUGGCAGAGAGGGGGAGGUUUUCGCCAGCACCAAUCGAAGAGCUCCUUCCUCCUCUAACUAGUCGCAACGAUGUGGACCUGCAGCUCUACGCCCUCAUCUCCGUCAUACUCAAGGAGUUCGUACAAAAGUGGUACUCCAAUAUCACGCCGGAUGAGACUUUUGUCGCCGAGAUCGUACAAAUCAUAGCCCAUUUCACCAGGGCUCUGGAAGAGCGCUUACGGAAUGUUGACUUGGAGAGUCUCUUAUUUGACCAGUUACCCGAGUUGCUGGACGCACAUGUGAGAGCGUACCGUACUGCUUCUAAUUCGGCGGCCAAGCCUCCUCUUGAGGCCAAUUUCCGCGAGAUUUACCACUCGCUAUGGCCACUACCUGCAUUGUCUCCCCUGCCGAAGCCCGGCGAUGCUAGAAGCGUCCAGGCACAGGCUGAUAAUGAGGCUGCGUAUCGUCAACUACUCGUCCAAGGAGUACUUGCUCUGCUGCUGCCUACGGAGGAUCUUGAAAACGAGUGCUUGACGUCGCUAGUUGGCCAGAUAUUCUCCGAGCUAAUUAUUGGCAAUCUCGUGGCCAAGAAACUAUCCGAACCAUGGCUUUUAUUGGAAAUCUUUAUCAUGCUGACGAGGCUAGCGAAGGGAGGUCCUCAGCCACCUGAAUCCCCUGACCAGCUUGCGCCAACGACUUUUGAGGAUGAACCUAUUGAGGACGGAACGCUCCCAAUGAAAAGUGCCUCCCGCUCAUCUCCAAGCGAGUGGUUCUGGUCUUUGGUCCAACUAGGUUUCCUCGUGGUCAACAUAAUUCGCCUCCUUGCUAGUACAUGGGUUCUGUCAAGAUCGCUCCCUCCGCGAACAGAGACACUAUUCGUCCAAAAACCAGUCUCAACUGACCAACAGAAAAGCGAGAAAUCGUACAACCCCAUUUCAAGCCAUCCUUUGCAAGCGGGACCAACCCGAGUGCCCAUCGCCGAGUUCAAGCUAUGGCCGUGUGUCGCCAAUCUGCUCGAAAUGGACGCGCGCAUGCCGUGGCUGGGAGGAGCUUUUUCCAUGAUGCAAUGGAGCGCCACGAAGGGACCAGGACAGUUCGCAGGGUAUAAUGGUGUUCUUGACAGGCUCUUUUCACACUGCAUCCAGACUAGUGUUCUUGAUUCAGAUCGGCUACCUCCACUAUUGCGAUCCAUUCGCGCAGCUCUCUUUCCAAAUAAUGCUCCAGGCGUCUCUACGCUCUUUCCGCCUUCCUCUGAGGAAGAGUUGGUGGCUCUGCGGCGGAGAUGCGCUAGUGCAAUCUGGGGGGUUAUACCGAAGAGUAUGGGCAGAGUAUACUUUGGCUCGGUUUCUCUCUGGACUGGCAGUCAGAGAUGGAGCCCUACUUACUCACAGGAUACGAAGAGUCUAGCCCAUGACCCUGAAGUACGUCCAAGCCAACGCGGUAAAUCCGCUUCCGGAAACCAUGGCGCUGUCGACGACGGCUCCAUAGCGGAUGAGCACAAGGAUGCCCAAGCGAGCGGCGUUGGACGGGGUUCUGAAAGCCACAAGAAGCCCGGCAACCAAACUCCAAUAACACCUCUGCAGAGGCGGGGCUCGGAGAAUAAGCAUAGAGAAACCAACGACGACCUAUCAUUGUCACAAGCCUUGCCUGACCCUGAAGAAGAGAGAAUUUUAUCCGAGAUCGAAUCUGGUAUUCUCGACGUUUUCUCGGAUGCAUAUUGCAACAAGCAUCUCAUUUAUGGGAUGCUAGAAUUAAUCUUGGUGCGAUUGAUGCCUGAAUUAACUGAGAAGGGCAUCAUUGAAUUAUGGGAGGAACGGCUAAGCUAG